CUCAGCAGCGAGCAUCUUUGCGCUGACCAUAUCCAUCUCAUAAUGAGACUACUACUUCCCCGGCCUCCUGGGCUUUGGGGUCACACAUCUCGCACGCGGUCUCGCAUGGUGCAGCGGCGAUUCUUUGCGGCUGUAGCAGACGCCGUCAGGCCAUACGAUGUCAUCGUCAUUGGUGGCGGCCACGCAGGAACCGAAGCGUCUGCAGCGGCUGCCCGCGCAGGAGCCCGGACUGCGCUCGUCACUCCAUCCCUCUCGAAUCUCGGCGUUUGCUCAUGCAAUCCCAGCAUCGGAGGUAUCGGCAAAGGGACCAUGAUCCGCGAAAUCGACGCCUUGGACGGAGUUGCCGGACGAGUCACCGACAAAGCUGGGAUUCAGUUUCGAAUGUUGAACAUGAGAAAAGGUCCCGCCGUGUGGGGUCCGCGGGCGCAGAUCGAUCGAGACUUGUACAAGAAACAUAUGCGAGAAGAGAUGCUAUCAACACCAAAUUUGAGCGUGAUUGAGGGCAAGGUGGCGGAUAUUGUGGUUUCCAAGGACCAACUCGAUCCUGAGGACAAAGUCGUCACCGGUCGCAUUACUGGCAUUCGAUUGGAAGAUGGUCAAGUCAUCCCAACGGGUAAUGUGGUCAUCACCACAGGCACUUUUUUGGGCGGCGAGAUCCAUAUAGGCCUCGAAGCCUACCCGGCCGGUCGAUUGGGAGAAGCUGCCACAUUUGGAUUGAGCAAAUCAUUACGAAGCGCCGGAUUUACCCUUGGACGGCUGAAGACAGGAACGCCGCCGCGACUCGACGCCGACUCGAUUAAUUUCAAAGCCCUUCAAAUCCAACCUGGAGACAACCCUCCGAACCCAUUCUCUUUCCUCAACGAAAAAGUGGAAAUCCCCGCGGAAGACCAACGACACUGCUGGACCACAUACACAAAUGAAGCCACACACGAUAUCGUGAGGGCCAACCUCGACAAAACAAUCCACAUCCGAGAAACAGUCCGAGGUCCACGAUAUUGCCCAUCACUCGAAUCAAAAAUCAUUAAAUUCAGCCACAAGCCUCAACAUAUGAUCUGGCUUGAGCCUGAAGGUCUUGAACCUAAUAAAGUCAUCUAUCCCAAUGGGUUGAGCAUGACCAUCCCCGCUGACGCACAAUACACCAUGUUGAAAACAAUACAAGGUCUAGAGAAUGUUAAAAUGCUCCAACCAGGCUACGGAGUAGAGUAUGAUUAUAUCGAUCCUCGAAACCUAUCUCCCACUCUCCAGACAAAACUCAUCAAAGGACUAUUCCUUGCAGGCCAAAUCAACGGCACCACCGGCUACGAAGAAGCCGCCGCACAGGGGAUUGUCGCCGGUCUGAACGCGGCAUUGUCCGCCCUCGGAAAACCAGCCUUCACAUUAAGUCGAGCAGAAGCAUUCAUCGGAAUCCUCAUCGACGACCUUAUCACCAAAGGCGUCUCCGAACCAUAUCGAAUGUUCACCAGCAGAAGCGAAUAUCGAAUGAGUUGUCGAUCAGACAACGCCGACCUGCGUCUGACAGAAAAAGGACGACUUGCCGGCGUAGUCGGCGACCAACGAUGGAAACACUUCACCGAAACCCGCGACCAAAUGGCCGAACUCCAGAACCGACUGGAAUCCGUGUCCCACUCGACGCAAGACUGGAUGAAAUACGGAUUUAACCCACGAGUCGACGCCACCAAACGCACCGCGUUCGAUUUACUUCGCAUGCAAGAUGUCGAUAUGGACCGACUUUUAGAUUCGACUCCAUCUCUAGAAACCGAUUCGGCCGCCUACCCGACUCGAAUCAAGGAAAGAGUACGCAUUGAAAGUAACUACGCACCAUAUAUCACUCGACAACAGAGAUUAGCCGAUUCAUUUCAACGCGACGAAUCUCUCUUACUGCCAAGUGACAUCGAUUAUAGUGCGAUUCAUGGUUUGAGUUAUGGCGAAAUCGAAGUCCUCAAGCUCGUGAGACCGGAAAGUAUCGGUAUGGCGAGACGGGUCGAGGGUGUGACUCCAACGGGCGCGUUGCGUUUGUUGGCAUAUGUCAGGAAACAACGACGGUCGGAUGAUAGCGAGGCAGCUCAUAACAAUGAGACGGAGCAAUCCGGUCUGGAGGCGACGCCUUGAACAAGACGAGUAUGAAGAAGGUCAGCAUGUAUCAUAUAUCAUAUAUCAUAUAUCAUAUGAGCGGGCAGAGAUAUGAAAAAUGAAAUUUUGUAUAUUAA